UGUCUCAACUUCUCGAGGUUUGACUUGAAUUGACAUUAGUCUGUGGUGUCGUGCAAUGGCCGAUUGGAAAGACCGUUCCGUGGCGUAUCGCGGUCGUUUCUUUUAAGUUGUUUAAAAAGAACGUUUUCGAUAAAGCUGACUUGGAAUAAUAGUGUUAGUUACAGUGUUUUAUUAUUGGUGGUAUUGACUGUGGUAUAGAAAUUGGUGUAGACGUUUUCAAGAUCAUCGUUUACUAUUGUAAUUCGGUGUGAAAUUUUGUUAUUGAUUAUGAAAGAUUCGGUUUGAUGCUGUGCAUUACACCUGGCGAAAUAAUUCCUCGCAGUCUUCCAUUUGCGGUUUUGAAAGCUAACGACAUCAGCCGAUAUGCGACUGAUCCACGGCUCUAAUCGGCACCGCAGACAAGUCAACGUUGAUGCCAAAUUAAUUGCUCCACCACUUUAUUUAUCUACGUAGACAGUAGUUUAGUUUUUUUAAAGUUCAUUUACACGUGCGUUGUGAUUAUAACACACAUGUGAAGUGAAGUGCAAGUGCUCGUGUUAACCGCCGCGUACCGGUUCUAUCUAGUUAGUGUACUACGAGUCCGGUUGAAUCCGGUUACGCCCGGUGAGGCCGGCGUCCGGGCCCGAUGUUGGCGGAGUCAUGGCGUUCAUGACGAAGAAGAAGCGAUACAAGUUCGAGGUGCAGUGCUGCCUCGAGGAGCUCACCGAGGUGCCCUUCGUGUCCGCUGUCCUCUUCGCGAAGGUGCGGCUGCUCGACGGCGGCAACUUUCAGGAUCAUUCUAGCAGGGAGGAGGUUCGCAAACACGCGGUGCAGUGGAACGCGAACUUCUCGUUCGUGUGCAAGAUGUGCGCGAACGCAAACACAGGUGUGCUCGAACCGGCGCUUCUACGCGUCUCCGUUCGGAAGGAGUGCAAAGGUGGCAGGUCGUACCAGAAGCUGGGGUUCUGCGAUGUGAACCUGGCGGAGCUGGCGGGCGCCGGCGAGACCACGCGGCGCUGCCUGCUCGAGGGCUACGACCCGCGCCGCCGGCAGGACAACUCGGUGCUGCGGAUACGUAUCAAGAUGAACAUGAUCUCCGGGGACCCGCUCUUCAAAGUCCCCGAGAGAAAGCAAGAGGCCACGGAGAAGACGGGCGGCGACAGCGGCUCGGAGAGCGCGGCGGCGGCCGACGACGACUGCGCCUCCUCCACCGCCAGCUCGGGCUUCGGCUCGCUCACCAAGAAGAAGAACUUCGAGGGCGCGCCGCUGCCGCCGUGCGAGCCGCCGUCGCCCGACGACGAGCCCCCCGCGCCGCCCGCGCCCCCCGCGCCCCCCGCGCCGCCCGACUACUCCGGCCUGGCCGUGUCGACGCAGAGCGCGGGCUGCGCGCAGUGCCUGCAGCAGCAGCACACGCACUCCAGGAACUCCUCCAACACGUCCGGCGACAUGAGCAGCAAGGCCUCCGGCUACGGCAGCUCCGUGUCAGCGGCGUCGGCGCACUCGCGGCAGAGCUCCGAGGGCGACUCCGUCGGGGACUCCCGGCCGCACCAUAACAGAAUAACUUCGAAGGCAGGAGAAAACGUGCGCUUAGAGCGAAUCACCACCACCACCACCACGCUGUACGUGCCCGCUGCGGGCUGCAAGCACGCGAACCGCACGCUCUCCAAGCUGCUCCUCGAGAGGACCGUCCUGAACGAGACCUCCGACCUCUACCUGUCGCCCGACACCACGCUCACGACCCCCGACGCGUACCUCACGCCCAACGCCACCCUCACGGGUCCCCCCGACGUGAUCCCUCGCCACGCCCUCCGCUCCCCCUCCAGCGAGGAGUACAAGACCCCCGACAGCACCAUCGGCGACGAACACUCGUUCGCGAUGCCGACCUACUUCGACCGCAAGAAGAAAGCGGCCUCGAUAAUCGCGUCGGCGGUGCAGCCGCUCGCGAACUUCCAGAUAUUCAAACAGAAGUCGCUGAACACGAUACCCUCUCUGAUCGAGAGGAGCAGGAAGAACGAGGAGCUGUUUACGAACUUUCCCUUCCUGACGCCGCUCGCGCACAGGAAGAACUCGCUCGUGUCCCACUCGAACCGGCUGUCGGGGUGCAUCGAGGACGAGUUCUACUGCAUCCCGUCCGAGGCGGAGGCGGACAGCGGCUCGCUGGAGCACAUCGACGUGCGGCACCGCUUGCGCAGCCUGUCCUCCCGCGCGCUGGGCGACGCCACGUCCACGCCCCGGGGCGGAGCCCGACGCAGCUUCCCCGAGCGCGCCAGGAACCCGUCGUCGGGCUCGCUGACGGCGUCCGCGUCCGAGAGCGGCUCGCUGGAGCGCGCCCGCCUCGCGCUGGCCGCGCGCGCGCCGCCCGCCGACGACCAGCACGUGGUGUCGUGUCGCGUGGAGAACACGCGCGUGAACCCGGACUCGCUCAUCGACGAGCUGCUGGCGGCCACCGACCUCAAGCACGCCGUAGACGACGCCGCCGAGACGUCGGGGCUGCAGCUGUACAUCACGCGCGACGGCACGGCGGAGCUGGGCUCGCGCCGCCGGCAGCAGCUGGCGCGGCGGGACUACCAGCGCGUGGUGCUGCACCCGCACGACAACAGGUAGCCGCCGGCCAUCGCGGAGGGCGGCGAGCCCGCGCGGGAGCCCUGACGCCGGCAGCGGAGCGCCGCGGGCUCGCGGGCGACAGUAUUAAACGAGAUUCGACGGACUCGGUGCACGACGCGAUGCAUAUUUAUUGUUGUCGAUAUUGUGUAAUAGAUUAUGCCAUAAUGUAUUUGUUCCACGAGUGACUCGCUGAGAGUUGUCUUCGGUCUUCCCGGACGUUCCACUGGGUUGUGUUCGUGCGAUCGGAGCGGUUUCGUAUGAUUUAUAUUGUUUUGUAUUGUAUAUUGUAAGUAGGACUGUUUCUAAUAAAUGACGACCGACGCGACCGAAUGUUCCUAGUGCGACACCCCCCCCCACCCCACCCCCCCAGGUGCCGACGGGGCUCAGUAGCUGCAGCGCUCGCUCCAGGCUCUCGUCUUUCAUUUUGCCGAACGCUAGUCUGACGUGUGCGUUUCGUUUCUUUUGUGCCCUAUUUAAUAUUUAAAUUAAACCGCACAUGUUUUGUCUAUUUAUUUAUUUAAUCGCGAUGAAGUGCUCACGUACCUGGUGCUAGGCGACGUAUGUCUGACGGCGAGAUCGUAAUUUUUGCGUUUUUUGUAAUUUUGAAUGUUUACUAAUAAUUUUAUUGAUAUAUUAUUGUUAUUACCGAGAUCGGCCCCUCCAUGUUGAAACUGUAUACUUCCGAAUCCCUCCAAUUUUCCGUUUUAUAAAAUAAUCGUUGUAAAUAUCCAAUCAAGUGCCAAACGGCUCGUCCACACGGGCGGAGGAGACGUUACUGUGUCGGCAUUCGACCGUGCGGAGAGGCUUAUCUAAGUCAUGCCUUUAUGUGACGCCUGAGCGCGGCUUGCCGUUAAUCGUAGCGGGGCCGGCGUUCCCUCCGACCGCCAGCUGACGCGGCGCGUCGGACGUGACGCCGCCCUCUUGUAACUAAAUGCGCAUAAAGUGUUAUUGUAUCAUAUUGUCUUGUAAUACAGCCUGUACAGUAUUUGAAUAAAGGAAGUGUUUAGAACUA